AUGCAGGCUCCCUGGCCCCUGCCAGUGACCCGCAAAGGAGCCGAGCCUGGCUGCCCCCGCUACCUCCACACAGGAAUUCAGGUGAACGUCCCGAAAACCCGUCGGACCUACUGCAAGAAGUGCGGCAAGCACCAGCCGCACAAAGUCACCCAGUACAAGAAGGGGAAGGACUCCCUCUACGCCCAGGGUAGGGACGGGUGCGCCCCGGUGGUUCUGGGGCACGGCCCGGGGGAAACAAAGCCCAUCUUCCGUAAGAAGGCUAAGACCACAAAGAAGAUUGUGCUGAGGCUGGAGUGUGUGGAGCCCAACUGCAGGUCCAAAAGGAUGCUGGCCAUAAAGAGGUGCAAGCACUUUGAACUGGGAGGAGACAAGAAAAGAAAGGGCCAGGUGAUCCAGUUCUAA